AUGGCGCAAGAUUACAGCGAGUACUUGGCGGUCCAUGUGCUGAAUGAGCAGCAAUAUGUCAAUUACCGCAAUCUGAGCAGAGCAAUGAAGGUGCACAGUAAUUUGGCCAAACAAAUGCUGUACGACUUCCACCACAAACAAAAUAGCAAGAAACCCGGCAGUGUUCAUGCCACAUAUUUUGUCUCCGGCUCCAGAAGACCCCCUUCUACCACAUCAUCCCAAAGCCAAGACAAUGACGGCGAGGACAGCACCAUGCGAAGCAGUCCACCACUUCCGAGUAGUUCAUUUCAACGACCAGAAGAGCAGGAGCAGUCCAAGUCCAUCCAUGCCAUCAUGUUGGUGCGUGAGGAGCAUCUGGAAGAAGCAAAGGCACAAUUUGAAAGUAUCUCGGGCAUGCACAUCUACAGUUUGCAAGUCAAUGGCGUGAGCGAUGUGCAGGCCCUGACGGAUUGCAAUCGUCGAGUGGCGGCAGAGUACGUCAAAGAGGAUCCUCUCAAAGAGUGGAAGCAGUAUGGUAUUGUGCAGAAUUCGGAUGUGAGGAGGAGGAUCACAAAGGGACAACCACCGCCUCCACCACCUMCUGCUGCAAAAAAGCCUGCUGUUGCUGCUGCUGCUCCGGGUGCGAAACCUACAGCUGUUGAUAAGACGGGAGAAGCCAAGCCUGCGGCGAAGAGUGCACCAGCGCAGAAGAGUACUGCGAGCGCUCCGAGCAAGACAGCUGCGAGCAAGAACCAGAACUCUAGCUUGUUCAAGUCUUUUGCAAAGGGGUCCGCAAACGCAAAGAAAAAGGCAGAUUCGCAAGCCAGCUCGGCCGCUGCAUCUCCUGCCGCCGAGCCAGAGGAUGUACCCAUGACCGGCUUCUCUGACGAUGAUGAAGAUGAUGCUGACGUUGGGCUGCCUGCCGAGUUGGAGGAGGUCAAGGCUCCUGCUGGCGAGUCGAAGCAUGAGCGAAAGUCAAGGCUGGAAGCUAUGAUGGACGAAGAGGAUGAAGAGAUGGAAGAUACCGCUACUCCCGUCUCGGUGGAGAGCGCUCAUGAUGAAGGCGCGAUCGAUGCUGUGGAGCAGAAAGAAGAGCCCAAGGAAUCCGUUGUGGUAGAGAACGGUAGGAGACGCGGUCGAAGACGAGUCAUGAAGAAGAAGACUGUCAAGGACGAAGAUGGUUAUCUCGUAACCCGCGAAGAAGCCGCCUGGGAGUCCUUCUCAGAAGAAGAACCAGCUCCGAAGAAAACCAAAAUGUCUUCCACUGCUAACAGUAAACCCGCCGCGAAGAAGGGAGGGAGUGGAAAACCAGGCCAAGGCAAUAUCAUGUCUUUCUUCUCGAAGAAGUAG